GGAGUUCAUUACAGUCAUACCAAACUGCUUCCCGACAAAUCACACCGCAGGGGCCGGGAAUUUCAUUGAGAGAGAAACCACCCUCUCUCUCUCUCUCUGUCUAUCUCAUACACACACACACACUCGCUACACUACACAAAGUCACAAACAUGUGUAUACACACACUGAUGCUUAUUACUGUGUUGUCUGCAUAUACAUCUCUGCUCAGUUUUACUUCUCUUAUGUCCUUUUCCUCUGAAUCACACUGACCUUCAAGAUUCUGCCUUCACAAUGCGCCAAACCUGCUUCUUUUUUUCUCCCUCCAUCUACAUAGAAUGUUUGAUCCAUUAAUGCUACACUCUUUCUGCAAUCUUUCUAAUAACUCUUCAAUUUCCCUCGAUUCCAUCGAUCUUUAAUAAAGCCAGAAUAAGCAUUUCGUAGUGAAAGCUGCAUAAAGAUAUGAUUUUUACCAAUGGGAAGUAAAUUCAGCUGAAAGUGAACUCAAUUCUUGAGAGUUUGACGGUAAAAAACGCUGAUAAUUAAGAAAUUUUCAGCGAUCUGCGUGAUUCUUGGGGUUGGUUGUUAUUAUCUGAGGUUGAAAGACAGUUUUUUGAAGUAUAUCAUUAUCAAGAAUGUCUUCAUGGGAGCAGUUUGGGGGGAUCGCAAACAUAGCCCAACUAGCCGGGUUAGAUGCGGUGAUGCUGAUUGGGAUGAUAGUGAAGUCUGCAAACACGGCAAGAUUGCACAAACAGAAUUGCAGGAAGUUUGCUCGGCACCUCAAGCUGAUUGGGAACUUGUUGGAGUCUCUCAAGAUUUCGGAGAUGAAGAGGUAUCCAGAAACACGCGAGCCGUUGGAGCAGCUCGAGGAUGCAUUAAGGAGGUCCUACAUUUUGGUUAACAGUUGCCAGGAUAGGAGCUAUUUCUACCUGCUGGCUAUGGGGUGGAACAUUGUCUAUCAGUUCAGGAAGGCUCAGAGUGAGAUUGAUCAAUAUUUGAAGAUCAUACCCCUCAUCACCCUCGUUGAUAAUGCUCGUGUCCGGGAACGAGUUGAAAUGAUUGAAAUGGACCAACACGAGUAUACUCUUGACGAAGAGGACAGAAAGGUUCAAACUGUGAUUCUCAAACGCGGCCAAUCACAACACGAUGCCAUUGUCUUGAAGAAAAACCUUUCCUGUUCCUACCCAAACAUGCCUGUUGAUGAGGCCAUACGAAAGGAAAACCAGAAGCUUCAAUUAGAACUGCAACAUUCACAAGCUAAUUUGGACGUUGGCCAGUGUGAAGUCAUCCAGCAUCUUCUUGAAGUUACUGAAACUGUUGCAGCAACUUCUCUGCCGGAUAAAAGUUCGUUGAAGAAAGAAUCGAAGGUGGAGAAGGCUUAUGCAGAUGUCAACAGUGUGAAGGAACAUAGCUACUCUAAUAACAGUGGAAAACCAGCACCUUCAAGGAACACAUCUUCCGUUUCCUCGACGCACGAGUUGCUGUCAUCUAAAGGUUCACCUGGUGGAUGGCAUUCAGAUUUACUCGGCUGCUGUUCAGAACCUCUGCUUUGCAUAAAAACCUUAUUUUUUCCUUGUGGCACAUUGUCAAGAAUUGCUUCUGUGGCAGCUAAUAGACACAUAUCUGCUGCAGAGACAUGCAACGACCUGCUGGCGUAUUCUUUAAUACUCUCAUGCUGCUGCUAUACUUGUUGCAUCAGAAGGAAACUCCGCAAAAUGCUCAACAUCAAGGGAGGCUUCGUUGAUGAUUUUCUCUCGCAUCUAAUGUGCUGCUGCUGCGCCCUCGUCCAAGAAUGGCGAGAAGUGGAGGCUCGUGAAAUCAAAGGUUUCGAGAAGACUGAAACAAAACCACCAACUAUACAAUACAUAGAAUACUAGACGGACAGGGUGUGCGAAAAUGGCUAAGCUUUUCGAUCAUGUGUGUGUGUGUAUGAAGGCAAAAACUUGUAAGGAUUAGAACCUCUUAUUGUACAGGUAAUUGGAAUUUGCAGACAAAUAUUGUAGCUGUUCUCUGCAUUUGGCAUUUCUUCAUUCUCACCAUUCUGUACAGUGCUAGUUUCGUAGCGCCGUAUAACCAUUAAUUUUUAUGAUGUUUAGCUAUGGAUUUGUUGUUAUAACAAAUUUUUUGUUCCAUUUUUUUUCAAAAAGCUGGAUAGUGCUAA